ACCAAGUGGGUGAGACACGCAUGACAUAUUCUUCUUCGCAUAGUAGAGGCAUCAAGCAAUGCUCUACCAGCCCAUAACAUCGGCUUCAACUUAAAGAUCGCCGAGAACAGAUGCUAUAUACCCAUGGGGGUACGCUAAAAAAAUUCCCUAGAGCAUCCCCACUUCCUCGAGCCCAACCCGAAUGAACACCCACCAACCUUCCAGGCAGGCGCCUAUAAAUUGCCGCCCCCACUCUCAUCUCUUCCUCACACUGCACUCGCUCGCCCCUUCCCUGAUCCGUCGCCCACUAUACCACCUUGGGUCGAUUUAGUGGAGCGGUAAACCGGCCGCCUUUGAAUUCCACCCCGCGUCCCGCUCCCUACCUCGUCCUCGUUGACGUUGUAAUCGCGGUGCUACUUACCUAGGUGAGGAGUGAGAUGGGGCAGAACGGCGUGGGCAAGAACUACUAUCAGGGGACGGCGGCGGCGGCCAUGGAGGUGUCCUCCGUGGAGCACGGCCAGGCGGCGGCCUCCAAGUGCUACGACGACGACGGCCGCCUCAAGCGCACCGGGACGAUGUGGACGGCGAGCGCCCACAUCAUCACGGCGGUGAUCGGGUCCGGGGUGCUGUCGCUGGCCUGGGCCAUCGGGCAGCUCGGCUGGGUGGCCGGCCCCGCCGUCAUGCUGCUCUUCUCCCUCGUCACCUACUACACCUCCUCGCUGCUCUCCGACUGCUACCGCUCCGGCGACGAAACCACCGGCAAGCGUAACUACACCUACAUGGACGCCGUCAACGCCAACCUCAGUGGCAUCAAGGUCCAGCUCUGCGGGUUCCUGCAGUACGCCAACAUCGUCGGCGUCGCCAUCGGAUACACCAUCGCCGCCUCCAUUAGCAUGCUUGCGAUCAAGAAGGCCAACUGCUUCCACGUCAAGGGGCACGUGAACCCGUGCCACAUCUCGAGCACGCCCUACAUGAUCAUCUUCGGCGUGGCGGAGAUCUUCUUCUCCCAGAUCCCGGACUUCGACCAGAUCUCCUGGCUCUCCAUCCUGGCUGCCAUCAUGUCCUUCACUUACUCCAUCAUCGGCCUCAGCCUCGGCAUCGUCCAGGUGGUCGCCAACAAGGGCGUCAAGGGCAGCCUCACCGGCAUCAGCAUCGGCGUCGUCACGCCCAUGGACAAGGUGUGGCGGAGCCUCCAGGCGUUCGGUGACAUCGCCUUCGCUUACUCCUACUCCCUCAUCCUCAUCGAGAUCCAGGACACCAUCAGGGCGCCACCGCCGUCCGAGUCCAAGGUCAUGCGCCGCGCCACCGUCGUCAGCGUCGCCACCACCACGCUCUUCUACAUGCUCUGCGGCUGCAUGGGCUACGCCGCCUUCGGCGACAACGCCCCCGGGAACCUCCUCACAGGCUUCGGCUUCUACGAGCCCUUCUGGCUCCUCGACAUCGCCAACGCCGCCAUCGUCGUCCACCUCGUCGGCGCCUACCAGGUUUACUGCCAGCCCCUGUUCGCCUUCGUGGAGAAGUGGGCGCAGCAGAGGUGGCCCAAGUCCCGGUUCAUCACCGGAGAGAUCCAGGUCCCGCUCAUCUCCUCCGGCUUCAAGAUCAACCUCUUCCGCCUGACGUGGCGGUCCGCGUUCGUGGUGGCCACGACGGUGGUGUCGAUGCUGCUGCCAUUCUUCAACGACGUCGUGGGGUUCCUCGGCGCCAUCGGGUUCUGGCCACUCACCGUCUACUUCCCCGUGGAGAUGUACAUUGUGCAGAAGAAGAUACCCAAGUGGAGCUCACAGUGGGUGUGCCUCCAGCUGCUCAGCCUCGCCUGCCUAAUCAUCACCAUUGCUGCCGCCGCCGGAUCCAUCGCCGGGAUAAUGUCCGAUCUAAAGGUCUACAAGCCUUUCUCCACGACUGACUGAUCGAUGCCUGGCCGUCGCAUGAAUGCACAGAUCCUCGAUGGACAGAAUAUGCCUAAAAGUUCUAAUUAAUUAAUCAACCAAUUAUCACACGUUCGCUGAAAAUUGCAAGUUCAAGUAAUUGUUGCUUCCAAACAGCCGGUGUAACACCGGUGCUGAUGAUUUCAUUUUCCUUUGUUUGCAAUCCAUUGUGUUAACUGAAAAAUGGUAGAGAGGAACCAAAUAGUGUACUUCCAAAGUGGUGUGAUUGUAAGUACGUUAUGAGAAACGAAUGUUCUUAUGAUAAUUA